AUGCAUGAAAAUUGUAUAGAACUUGCUAUAUGUACUAAUGUUUUGCGGUUAGCCUAUCGACUUGGGAGAGAUGAAGAGGUUGUGAGCACCGAGAAUUUUGUUUAUGAAUGUUUAGAUUAUAAGAUGUAUGAUAACUGUUGUUAUUAUUUUGACAGCAUGUUCAUGUUUUAUUUGGCAAGGGCAUUAAAAUUUUCGGAUCAAGCUAUGAAGAGGUUCAGAAAGAAAUUAUUGAAAUGUGUGUUUGAAUGUAGUAAAUCUCAAAUAGAGUAUGUGAUUGAUAUAGCAUGUCGAUUGAUGGUGUAUAAACUUUUAAAUGUUGAAAAUGAAUUUGUAGAGCAUGAAAGGCAAAAAUGA